AUGUUUUACACAUAUCCAGGAGGUUAUACCGUUCGUGGUGCAUAUGAUUUAUUAACAAUUCAGGAAGCUCCUAUGGCGGAACUAACAUCGAAGUUGGUUUGGCAUAAUCAGGUCCCCUUGAAAGUCUAUGUUUUUGCGUGGAGGCUUAUUCGUGAUCGUUUACCUACGAAGUCAAAUUUAGUGACCAUAAGGGUUCUUUCUGCAGAUAUGGCGUCGUGUAUUGUUGGCUGUGGUCUCUCUGAAACGGCCCAACAUCUCUUUUUUUCGUGUGACACCUUUGGUUCUAUUUGGCGGCUUGCACGUGAUUGGAUUGGUUUUUACGGGGUGGACUUCGAUGAUAUUUCUGAUCAUUUACAGCAGUUCACUCAUAUGACAGGUGGAGGUAAAGCUAGAUGUUCUUUUCAGCAACUUAUAUGGCUCCUUUAUGUCUGGGUUGUGUGGAAUGAGCGUAAUAAUCGCUUGUUUAAUAAUAUAAUCACUCACAUACCCCGUUUGCUCAACAAAGUUAAGAUGUUGUCUUUAGGUUGGCUGAAAGCUAAAAAAUCUACUUUUACUUUUGGAACUUAA